GCCGCGCACUCGCCGGCCCCGCGUCACCGCACUCACUCGCGAGCCGCGAACUUUGACUUGACGUGACGUGAACUGACCAGUGCACCAUGCCGAAGAACAUCCUCGCCGAGAUGGGCUCCCAAGUGGGGCUCACCCCUGCACGACAAAACAAAAAGGAGGCUGAAGAAUGGGCGCGACGGCAGAGCGGGCCCAUGGUCAACCCCUCGUUCGAGCCCGACGACUUCUUGCCUCAGAGCCUGUCUCCAGUGAAAGACGAAAAAAUAAAGCCGGGGCCGGAUAAGGGGAUAUUCCUAGUGAACAUGAAGGACAAAGGGGUGGUGGAAGAGGAAUAUGAGCCGUACGACAACCGAGUGGUCGAGCACCCUACCACGAAUAUCGAGACUCUCCUCCACCUCCUGAAGGGCAGUCUGGGCACGGGCAUCCUGGCCAUGCCGCACGCGUUUUCCAACUCUGGCUACGUGGUGGGCGUGGUGGGCACGAUCGUGAUCGGAGUGCUGUGCACUUAUUGCAUUCACAUCCUGCUGGAUUCGUGCUACGCGCUGUGCAAGCGGCGGCGGGUGCCGUCGCUGACCUACACCGCUGCGGCUGAAGCGGCACUGCUGGAAGGACCUGCCUGGUGCAAAGCCUGCGCCCCGUAUGCUGCCCAUGUCGUCAACGCUUUUCUGCUGAUAUAUCAAAUCGGGACCUGCUGCGUAUACGUCGUUUUUGUUGCUGAGAACAUCCAUUAUGUGUUGACCAAGCAGUUUAACUUGGAGAUUGAAGUCAUCCAAGUCAUGGGAAUCAUUCUGCUACCCCUGAUCAUGAUUAACUACGUGCGAGACCUGAAGUACCUGGCUCCCUUCUCGGCGGUGGCCAACGCUGUGACUGUGGCCAGCUUCGCGAUCAUCCUGUACUACGUCUUCAGGGAGCCCCCGACGUUCGAGGGCAAGGCACCGGCUGGACAACUCUCCCGUUUCCCGCUAUUUUUCGGAACUGUGCUGUUCGCUUUGGAGGCUAUUGGUGUUAUUCUACCUUUGGAGAACGAGAUGAAGAGCCCAAAGGAUUUCGUUGGCAAGUGUGGCGUGCUCAACCAGGCCAUGAUCAGCAUCAUCGUCCUGUACGUUGGCAUGGGACUGUUCGGCUACCUGCAGUACGGUGACAACGCUAAAGGCAGCAUCACCCUCAAUUUACCGUCUGAGACGGAGAUCCUGGCUAGCGUGGUGCAAUGCCUGCUGGCGUUUGCCAUCUACAUCACCCACGGCCUGGCCUGCUAUGUCGCCAUUGACAUCCUGUGGAACGAAUACCUGGGCUGCCGGCUGCUCAACAGCAAACACCGAGGCAUCUGGGAAUACUUACUCCGCACUGUUGUUGUUUUGAUCACCUUUGGAAUCGCCGCUGCUGUGCCAGAGCUGGACCUGUUCAUCUCCCUGUUCGGCGCCCUCUGCCUCUCCGCCCUCGGCCUGGCCUUCCCCGCGUUCAUCCAAAGCUGCACCUACUGGUACUACGUGUCGGACUCCGAGCGCAUCCGCAUGAUCAUCAAGAACGCCAUCGUUGUGCUCUUCGGCAUCCUGGGACUGGUCGUCGGCACCUGGACCUCUCUUCAGGGCAUCAUCGUCAAGUUCUCCGGCGGACACGACCACCCUCUGAGCGCCAACGCCACCGAAGCCGCCGAUUUCUUCAACGCCACGAUUGCAUCCCAUUGAAUUGAUUUCCAAUUUCACUAGAUUCCUUGAGCUGGGCUCGCUUUAAAUUUAGUUUUGACAGUGCCAUCGAGGAGACCCGUCCGUCGCUGCUUUCGGUAUUCUACCACCACGCCAGAGUGAGGUACUCGUAUCGGGCGGCGAUGAUCAACGUUAGGGGCUCAUUUAAGAUUGUUUCUAUUGUUAUUUUAGUUUAAUUAAGCAUAAUUUAGUGAAAGGUUUCCAUAGUACAGUUAUCAGUGAGUAGGUUUAUGUUGACUUUAAAGUUCAAGCUACCCUAAAGGGAAUUUAUUUUAAUAAUUUUAUGCAUCACUCGAAACAGUAUACUUACCCGAAGCCUAUGCGUAGGCGACUUUUAAUAUCUCGUCGUAGCUGUUCUGAAUGUGUAGUUUAGUAGAAUCAUCAAUUUUAAUCAAUAUUGACUUACGUAUUUUACCAUUAUAAUAUUAAUAAAUCGACUUUUAAAUGUUUUUAAAUAUCUAGAUGUUGUGAUUUUAGAAUAGUCGACUUGCAGAGAAGUGACCUCUAUGUUUUAAAAAGUAUUAAGUAUAUGUUACUUGUAUGUGUAGUAGUAGUUAUGGUGUCGUUGUAGUCUUGUCAGGAACGUAUCGUACAGCUUAAGGGAGCUGGUCGGAACUACUUAAAAAAGACAUUACAUAGUUUAUCAAGUUUCAAACGCGUACGCGCAACGAAGCGUCUUUGCUGAGCAGGAACAACUAUGAGCUCGAAACAAAACAGUACACCUAUUCAAAAGUUGCCAUAUUUAAAAGGGCCAGUUCUCGCUGAAUUUGAAUUUGGCUUACUAUCCAAUAGGAAGUGAUUCUAUGUCGAAUAAAGAAUGGCAUUUGAUAGCGUAAGAUUAAUUAAGUACAAUGAUAUGAAAUAUGUCACUAUUAGUGAAUUCCCAUAAUGUAUAACAGUAGGGACUGUAGGUGUGACCUCGCGAGAUAUGGUGGCCGGUGCGGGACGUAGGAGACAGAUUUUUAACAGUUGGAUAUUAAAAUAUGUCAGUUGUUAGUUGCUCGUGGAUAUCAAGCGUGAACUGGAGCGCCGGCACGGCAUAGGAAGUGGCAAUUGAAGACCGGAUUGAGCUGGAGCAUUUACUUAUAACAUUUUAUGUGCCACCUAAUUACAAUAUUAUAUAAGUUCCAUCAUUUAGAUUCGCUCCUAAUUUCCAUGCAGUGUAUAAAAUUUUACAAAAACAUAUCCGGUCGUUAUAAUAUUCUUUUUAAUACAAUCUGUGAUGUUAAUAGUUAAUAUAUUUUAUUUUAUUUUAUUUUUAGGACUAAUUUUGGUUAACUGUGUUACUAUGUGCGAUGUGUUUCACACGUCAGUGAUAUUGUGCUCAGAGAGAUGUAUUAAGGGGUCGAAUCCCGUAUUAUUAUUAUUAUUAAAUAAAUUAUAAAUUAAUUUA